AUGACCUCGGCGGGGGAGGCGGCCGGUUCCCCCCCUCUGCCCGCCGCGGUCGGCGGCCAUCGGCGAAGCCCCCUGGACCGGCUCCCGCCCCCUGCCAACACCACCAAACCGCUGACCCCUUUCGGCAUCGAGGACAUCCUGGGACGCCCCCGCGGCGGGAGCCCCCCCGGGACUGGGACCGGUCCCGCCGCCCCCCCCGCCCCGGCGGGGCCCCGCGGCGGCGGCUGCGCCCCGGCCUCGCCGCUCUGGGCGCUGGAGGAACUCGCCAGUAAAACCUUCCAGGGGCUGGAGCUGGGAAUGCUGCAAGCAGCCGGAGGUCCGUCCCCGCCGGGCGCCCCGGGCCCGCGCCCUCCCUGCAGGAAGCGUCGCAAGUCCCGGACCGCGUUCACGGCGCAGCAGCUGCGGGAGCUGGAGCAGCGGUUCCGGCGGCAGCGCUACCUCUCCCCGGUGGACCGGGACGCGCUGGCGGCGCGGCUGGCGCUCUCCGCCGCCCAGGUCAUCACCUGGUUCCAGAACCGCCGCGCCAAGCUCAAGCGGGACCUGGAGGAGCUGCGGGCGGACGUGGCCUCGCUGCAGGCGCUGCCCCCCGCCGCCCUCCAGCAGCUGGCGGGGCUGCCCGAGCCCCCGGGGGCUGCCGGGACCGGCACCGCGGCGCCCGCCGAGCUCUCGGAGGAGGAGAUCGACGUGGCGGACUGA